GGCCCGAAGGGCGGGGGCUGCGCCAGAGGCGGGGCGCCACGUCAGUGAGUGACAGGCCUCUCCCUGCCGCAGGGUCGCGGGAUGUACGGCUGGCGUCGGUUCGGCGGCCGUUGGCGUCUCUGUCAGCCUGGAUUCACUGCCGAGCCUUGAGUAAGCGGGACUGGUAGGUCCUGGGUGGUCAAGCGACCCAUCAGCAGAAGGACGAGGAGGAGGAGGAGGAGGAGGUGGUGGGAGCGGCAUCAUGAGUGAGCUCAGCCCGUGCCUGCCCUUCCUGAGGAAAGCCCUGCUCACCGUCACCCUGGUGCUCUUCUAUUACUGCUUCUCUAUAGGGAUCACCUUCUACAACAAAUGGGUGAUGAAGACUUUUCAUUACCCCAUCUUUAUGACUUUGGUUCACCUUGCGAUGAUCUUUACCUUCUCUGCAAUGAGCCGAACAUUCACUUCAUGGUGGACUGGAAAGUCACCCAUCUGUCUGUCUUGGAAAUUGUACAUGAAGAGGGUUGCAGCCACAGCCCUCGCAACUGCCUUAGACAUUGGAUUGUCUAACUGGAGUUUCCUGUUUAUCACAGUCUCACUGUACACAAUGACAAAAUCAACUGCUAUUUUAUUUAUUUUAUUUUUUUCAGUUGUAUUCAGACUAGAGAGAUUGACGCCGUGGUUGAUCAUGGUAAUCUUGUUAAUAGCUGGCGGCCUCUUCAUGUUUACAUACAAGUCAACCCAGUUUAACAUGAAAGGGUUUAUACUAGUGUUAGUUGCAUCUUUCCUUGGAGGGAUACGAUGGACACUGACACAGAUCCUUACGCAGAAGGCAGACCUAGGUUUACAGAAUCCCAUUGACACCAUGUACCAUCUCCAGCCGCUGAUGUUCAUAGGCCUUUUCCCAUUGUUCCUAAUCAAUGAAGGACUGAGCCUGUCUGCAUCGGAGAAACUGUUUCGUUAUCAGGAGACAUCAACGUUGCUGUAUAUGGUCUUUGUAUUGGCUGCAGGGGGAGUUUUGGCAUUUGGCUUGUGCUUCUCUGAAUUUUUAUUGGUUUCUAAAACCUCCAGCUUGACCCUAUCUGUAGCAGGCAUUUUUAAGGAAGUGUGCACGCUAGUCCUUGCCAGCCAUUUGAUGGGUGAUCAGCUGAGCACGUUAAACUGGUUGGGAUUUGCAAUGUGUCUCUCUGGAAUCUCUCUCCAUGUUGCACUUAAGGUCAUUUAUUCAGAAGAUGCCUUGAAAGACAAAAUGACGAAUAAAAUCCAUGAUAUGGCAAUGACAGAGGUUGGUAUGGAACUACUGCUCAAGAAUGAACAAGCAAAUGAGGACAGUGAUGAAGAGGAUGUCAUAUAUCAAUGACUCAUUGUGUCUGUUCUACAGAGAAUCUCAAGGUUCUGCAUCACAUGACUUACAUUUGCUGUGCAAAGGUGUAUCUGUAUUAUGCUUUAAUCGUCACGUCUGUGUUCCAGUCCAUGAUUGGAAUUAACUAGAUUGACACCUAUUGCUUUAAGAAUGGAGUUGUCCUUCUGACCAAGUGUAAGGAUUAAGAUAUUGAACCAUUGGAUACAUUUCCAUACUGUCACUAGGAGUUGUGAAAUUUGUCUAUGAUGAUUUGAACUGUGGUUUAAAAUAAAACACCCACCCGCUCACAAUUGGAUAUGGACCCUCCAACUACAGGUUGUUAUUGGAGAGAAAAUAUUUUAAACAACUUUGGGAGAAAAUGCUGUUGGUUAUGCAGUAUUCAUGGGAGCAUUUUGAACUGCUAAAUCAAGGGUUUUUGCAAAUGUAUUGGGCAACAAAGUAAAGUAUUGCUUCCGAUUUUAUUUGUAUUCUGUAGUCCGCCAAUACCAAUGUCCUCAAUACAUUUGAUAGCAAUGCUGAUUUUAAUUGAAAUGUACAUACCUGCAGGAAAACAGCAAAAUGCCACUGUGAUUGAUUUGUGGAAAGAAAUCAUACUACUAUAAAAAAUCUAUUCUUUAUUUUAUGUUUGUAGCCAAGAGUCAAUGGAGUUAAUAGAACUCAAGUUUAAUUUAUUUUGAGCACAUUUGAUUGACCUAGUGAUACUCUAAGUUUCUUACGUAACAUGCAACCUUUAUGUGAAGAAAAUGAACUGGAAAUCCAGAGUGUGUUC